CGCGCGUGCUAUAAAAGAAACUAAAAUAUAUUAUGACAAAAAUUUGGAAGAAAUAUAUACUGUAUUUCGCACAGGAGCACGUAGAUCACCGAGUGGCUGAGUUCGAAUCACUUGUGAAGCUGUUUAGCCUGCAGUUUCGAUGUUUAACCGAUCAUAUAUUGAAACCCUUUUGGAUCGUGGAGUUUCCAAAUGAUGAGGCAGCGCUCAAAUAUUCUUCACGGAGCGUUUGCCUGCGUGCAAUUUUUGAGCUAUGGUCUCAUGGCCACACAGCUCCCGAAUUUCACAAACGGCUGGGAGCGUAUGUGGAUACACAUAAAUCUGAAGUUGCCGGAUAUUUUAAGCCCGAUAUCAGCUUUAAGAUAACUGUAGAGUCGUACAACAAACAUUUUAGCCAACGUGAAAAGAUUGAUAAGAUUGAGACCAUGGAUUAUUUGCCUAUUGAAGGCCCUGUCAAUCUAAAGAGUCCGCUUGUUGAGUGGUGGUAUAUUGAAUUUUGGGGCUUAGAUCCUACGGCAGUACCUCCUGUUCCGGAUGACAUUAUGUUCGGACGUUUGCUAGCACAAGGCCAGAGGCAUCUAAUUAAAGAACUUUCGCUGAAGCAACGAAAAUUUAUUGGAAACACUAGUAUGGAUGCUCAGCUGAGUCUUCUCAUGGCUAAUCAGGCUAUGGUUCGUGACGGAGAUCUGGUUUUUGAUCCUUUUGUGGGUACUGGUUCGCUUUUAGUUAGUGCUGCCAAAUUCGGCGCCUAUGUCCUGGGUGCCGAUAUAGAUUUUAUGAUGUUGCAUGCUCGUUGCCGGCCAAGCAGAAUAACACAAAAGGUACGUGAUAAGGACGAAAGCGUACGCUCUAAUCUGAAGCAGUAUGGCUGUGCGGACCGUUACAUGGAUGUGGUCGUGGCAGAUUUCUCGAAUCCGCUUUGGCAUCGACGCCUUUGCUUUGACAGCAUCAUUACCGAUCCUCCCUAUGGCAUACGUGAGGCCACUGAGAAGGUGGAAACAAAAGGAACCGCUAAGGAGAACACUCGUACUCCAGAUAUGGCCCACUAUCCAUCUACUUCACAUUAUUCGCUGCAACAUUUAUAUACAGAUCUGCUAGAAUUUGCAUCAAAGCAUUUAAAAAUGGAAGGUAGACUCGUAUGCUGGCUGCCUUUUCACCGUGAUGACUAUUCAGAAGAACUGCUUCCACAUCACACACACCUCCAACUAGUGGCCAAUUCUGAACAGACUCUGACCGGAAAUACCGCGCGUCGAUUACUUACCUACGAGAAAACUAAAGAGUACAAUAAUGAUGAAACAGAAUUAUCUGCUCGCUUGACUAAGAUACCUACACCUCCUUCCUGCAACGAAUUCAGACAGCGUUAUUUUAAUAACGCAAUAGAAUCACGACAGGAAAGACGAAUGCGGAAAGCAGAGCAGCGAGAAAUCGGUCGUUUGGAAGCCAUAAAGAGAGGAAAAGUACCUGCGGAUGCGCGUUCAAAGAAAUGUGAUCUGAACAAGGCUCGUUUUGACUAAAUAAAUUUACUAAACAAAUUUAUAAUUUGAA